AUGGAACGUGUCAUAAAAAACGGUGAGGAGAGAGAGGGACCUCCAGGUGAUAAGAGUUGCACUAGAGCAGCAGAUUGCGGAGACAGCUGGUGCAAGUUGUGCGACGCGGAUUCGUCGAUCCGAGGUAGGAGCUCAGACAAGAGCCGGGUCUCCAUUGGAAGCAUGGCGAUUGGAGCUAGAACACUCCCUUUCAUGCAGUUGCUCAAGAAGGGGUUACUGAACACAGGGGACACCACAGACGAUGUUGAAACAACGCUGCGAGGCGGGGAUAGGAUGACAGACGCCACCAGGGAGCAGGAUGAAGUUGAGAGGGAUCGGAGAGGUUCAGCCGGUAAUCCCCGCGUUCCUAUUCGACCGCCUCGCCUUGUCACCUGCCGGCUUAUCCUCGACUUCACAGCCACCGAAGCACAAAGCAGAAGAUACUACGAUUGUACAGACAUCUCCCACAGCACCGGACUUUCAAUCAAAACUCGUCUCAAAAUCUGCCCAUUAUCUAGCAAAGUGCCAUCUGCAAUGAAAUGCUCCGAUCAGCACGGCGGAACUCCAAGGAGGGCAUGUGACAAUGUCUUCCGCCCUCGGAUAGAUCCACGAGUAAGAAUCAAGCUGGAGAACCUGGUUUGGAAAAGUCGAGCUUUUGAUGGGUUGAUGUCACCUGGGUGUUGGUCCUUAUUGACCGAUUUCGGCAUUGAUCUGAAACCGAGAGCGGGAGGAAGGGAGGGAGAGAUAAGGCGCCGGGAAGAUGAGGGGAUAAUGGAUCUACUCCGCACGCUAUUUUGGACGGACACAGCGAACCCCUCGCAAGUGGGUCGUAGCACAAUGCAGCCAAUGCAGCGCAACACUGCGAUAGGCAGUUCCCCGCCUCCAACAACCCCACUUCCCAGGACCAUGGAACCAACCAUGAACGUAUUCCAACAGCUUGACAGUUAA